AUGGUAGCAGAGGAACUCUGCCAUCUCACAGGCACAGCCAUGCCCAGGCAGGCGGAACAAAGACUUUUCAGUGGCAUCGAGGCGGGUGGACGCCAGGACUGCCAGAGGGCAUCUCGCGGUAUGAGUGCGAGCACUUCCGGGAGGCAGCGCGAGGCUCUGGGCAAGCACUUCCGGGUGGCACGUGGCAACCGGCGAGAGCGCGUUUCUCCAGAGGUAGCGUCGUUGGCGACGCAGGAAUUGGCGUCGGCCUGUGCCAUGGCAUCUCGGUAUGACCGGGCAAUCACUGUCUUCUCCCCAGAUGGACAUCUUUUCCAAGUGGAAUAUGCCCAGGAAGCAGUGAAAAAAGGAUCCACAGCGGUUGGAAUCCGAGGUACUGAUAUAGUUGUGCUUGGAGUUGAAAAAAAAUCUGUUGCCAAGCUUCAAGAUGAAAGAACUGUAAGGAAAAUUUGUGCCCUUGAUGACCAUGUUUGCAUGGCUUUUGCAGGACUGACUGCUGAUGCUAGAGUAGUAAUAAACAGAGCCCGUGUGGAGUGCCAGAGUCAUAAGCUCACAGUUGAGGACCCAGUCACCGUAGAAUAUAUAACUCGCUUCAUAGCAACCUUAAAGCAGAAAUACACACAAAGCAAUGGACGAAGACCUUUUGGCAUUUCUGCCUUAAUUGUAGGUUUCGAUGACGAUGGUAUCCCAAGAUUAUAUCAGACUGAUCCCUCUGGUACUUACCAUGCUUGGAAGGCAAAUGCAAUAGGCCGAAGUGCUAAAACUGUCCGAGAAUUUCUAGAAAAAAAUUACACAGAAGAUGCUAUAGCAAACGACAAUGAGGCUAUCAAAUUAGCAAUAAGAGCUUUGCUAGAAGUUGUCCAGUCUGGUGGAAAAAACAUUGAACUUGCUGUAAUAAGAAGAAACCAGCCUUUGAAAAUGUUUAGUGCCAAAGAAAUUGAAUUACAAGUAACUGAAAUAGAAAAGGAAAAGGAAGAAGCAGAGAAGAAAAAAUCCAAGAAGACUACCUAA